AUGAAUCCAACAACCCUAAUUAUAUCAUCCUCACUUAUUCUAGUCAUCACUAUCCUUAUAUUCCCCCUACUAACAACACUAAGCCCCAAACCACAAAAACCAGAGUGAGCAAGUACACAUGUUAAAACCGCCGUCAGCACCUCAUUUUUUAUCAGCCUUCUCCCACUCAUAAUUUUCCUAGACCAAGGAAUAGAAAGCAUCACCACAAACUGACAAUGAAUAAAUACACACAUGUUUGAUACAAACAUCAGCUUUAAGUUCGACCACUACUCCCUCAUUUUCACCCCCAUUGCCCUCUACGUCACCUGAUCUAUCCUAGAGUUUGCAUUAUGGUACAUACACUCUGACCCAAACAUGAACCGAUUCUUCAAAUAUCUGCUCCUAUUCCUAGUAGCCAUAAUCACCCUGGUUACAGCCAACAACAUAUUCCAGCUAUUUAUUGGCUGAGAAGGUGUUGGGAUUAUAUCAUUCCUACUAAUCGGAUGAUGAUACGGGCGAGCGGACGCUAACACAGCGGCCCUCCAAGCCGUUAUCUACAACCGAGUAGGGGACAUCGGACUAAUCCUAAGCAUAGCAUGGUUCGCAAUAAACCUUAACUCCUGAGAAAUCCAGCAAAUCUUCUUCCUAUCAAAAAACUUCGACAUGACAAUUCCCCUAAUCGGACUAAUCCUCGCAGCAACAGGAAAAUCGGCCCAAUUUGGCCUACAUCCCUGACUCCCUUCUGCCAUGGAGGGCCCCACGCCAGUAUCUGCCCUACUCCAUUCUAGCACUAUGGUCGUUGCAGGGAUCUUCCUACUAAUCCGCCUCCACCCCCUCAUAGAAAACAACAAUCUCGCACUAACAAUCUGUCUAUGCUUAGGAGCACUUACCACCUUAUUCACAGCCACCUGCGCCCUAACUCAAAAUGACAUCAAAAAAAUUGUAGCUUUCUCAACAUCCAGUCAACUAGGCCUAAUAAUAGUUACAAUUGGACUAAACCAACCACAACUAGCAUUCCUCCACAUCUGCACACACGCAUUCUUUAAGGCUAUACUAUUCUUAUGCUCCGGAUCAAUUAUCCACAGCUUAAACGACGAGCAAGAUAUCCGAAAAAUAGGAGGUCUUCAUAACCUAAUACCUGCCACCUCAACCUACCUCACAAUCGGCAGCCUUGCAUUAACAGGAACCCCAUUCCUAGCCGGAUUCUUUUCAAAAGAUGCCAUCAUCGAAGCCCUAAACACCUCUUACCUUAACGCCUGAGCCCUAACCCUCACACUAAUUGCCACAUCAUUCACCGCAGUCUAUAGCUUCCGAGUAGUAUUCUUUGUUACCAUAGGAUCCCCUCGAUUCCUGCCACUAUCCCCCAUCAACGAAAAUAACCCACUAGUUAUCAACCCCAUCAAACGACUUGCCUGAGGAAGCAUCAUUGCAGGACUUAUCAUUACAUCUAACUUCCUACCCUCAAAAACACCCAUUAUAACAAUACCAACCACCCUAAAACUAGCAGCUCUCAUGGUAACCAUCACCGGACUUCUAGUGGCCAUAGAACUUACAGCCAUAACCAACAAACAAGUCAAAAUCACCCCCACAAUUCCUUUACACCACUUCUCAAACAUACUAGGGUACUUCCCCGCAAUAAUCCAUCGACUCCCCCCUAAACUUAACCUAACCCUAGGACAAUCAAUCGCCACUAAACUUGACCAAACGUGACUUGAGAUUACAGGGCCAAAAGGACUAGCACUAACUCAAAUAAUGAUAUCAAAAGUUACAAGCGACAUCCAACGAGGCAUAAUUAAAACCUACCUAACUAUCUUCCUCCUAACUCUAACCCUGGCCAUCCUUCUAACUCUUAUUUAA